AUGACUGACUUCAGAAAGGAAUUAGCUGAAACAGCUUCCAAGUUAGCUACUCCUGGAAAGGGUAUUUUGGCUGCUGAUGAAUCCACUGGUACCAUUGGCAAGAAGUUCGCUUCCAUCAACGUUGAAAACACCGAAGAAAACAGAAGAGCUUACAGAGAAUUGCUUUUCACCACUGAACACUUAGAAAACUACAUUUCUGGUGUUAUCCUCUACUCAGAAACUGCUAAGCAAUCUGCUAAGUGUGGAACCAAGUUCAUUGAACUCCUCAAGAAGAAGGGUAUCGUCUCUGGUAUCAAGGUUGACCAAGGUUUGAAGGUUCUCCCUGGCACCAACGACGAAACUGCUACCAUGGGUUUGGACACUCUUGAUGCUAUGGCCAAGGAAUACUAUGGUCUUGGUUGCAGAUUCGCUAAGUGGAGAGCUGUUCUCAAGAUUUCCACCACCGAUGGUUGCCCCUCUGAAUAAGCUAUCUAAGAAAAUGCUUGGGGUUUGGCUAGAUACGGUACUAUUUGCCAAGCUAACGGUUUGGUUCCCAUUAUUGAACCUGAAAUCUUGAUUGAUGGUCCCCACUCCAUUGAAGUCUCACAAAAGGUCACUGAAAGAGUCUUAGCUUCCGUCGUCAAGGCUCUCUAAGAAAACAACAUCUUCUGGGAAGGUUGCCUCCUUAAGCCUAACAUGGUUACCCCUGGCUCUACCAGUGGUGUUAAGGCUACUGCCUCUGAAAUUGCCAUCCGUACCGUUACUGCUCUUUCCAGAACUAUUCCUCCUGCUUUGGUUGGUGUUUUCUUCUUAUCUGGUGGUCAAUCUGAAGAAGAAGCUUCCGUCAACUUGAAUGCCAUGAACAGACUUGAAGGUAUUAGAAGACCUUGGUUCCUUUCCUUCUCUUACGGUAGAGCUCUCUAAAACACCGCAGUCAAGACCUGGGCUGGUAAGGCUGAAAACCUUGCUGCUGCUCAAGCUGCCCUCUUAGUUAGAGCUAAGGCCAACGGUGAAGCUCAAUUGGGCAAGUACUAAGGUACUGAUGACCAAUCUGCCAAGGAAUCCUUAUUCGUUGACAACUAUAAAUAUUGA